AUGGGUAAGGUAACCAGGAAACUACCACAACCUGAUACAGAUACAGAUAUGGACCAACCAACCUCAAGUUCCAAUGAGAAGAUGACGACUCCCUAUCAACCCAGGUCCAGAGAUGGUAGCAAGGUCCUGAAAACAACCAUAAAGGUCAAAAGACCAAUUAAAAGGAGUUUGAAUAAAAAAGUCUUGAACGAAACCACCAACUCUGUAAGAAGGCCUAAGAAAGCUAGAGGAACAAUACUAUUCGGUCACUAUCACAGACUGAAUAAGAGAUUGAAUCAACAUGAGCAAGACCAAGACCAAGACCAAGACCAAGGCCAAGGCCAAGGCCAAGGCCAAGGCCAAGACCAAGAGAAUGUGGAGAAGGCCACCACAUCAAGUGAUGAUCUGGCCAGCCAGUAG